AUGGGAGGAAUUAAGAUCAGUCGCAUAAUUUACCUAGAAGUAUUUCUUUCUAUAUUAACGCUCGUUGAAACUGAGGAAAGUCUCCUAAAAAAUAAAAUUGAACACGAUUUAAAGGUUUACUCUCCAGAUGGUAAUGUGAAUCAUGGAACCGUUACACUUAGCGUAAAGAUUACACCUCUGAACUUGAGAAAUCUCAGCGAGCGCCUGCACUCAUUGAUUGGUCUAAACUUAGCUCCAGAUUUGACAUUCAAACUCCUUCCUCUAGAACACAUUGAUAUAACUAAUGCAGCAUGGCGCCACAAAUUCCCAGGUUCAGAAUGGUACUUCGAAUUAUUAAUUAACGCGAAAAUGGGCUAUGGACUUUUCACGGCUGCGUGUUUUACAAUUCCCUGGAUAAAUGCUCAAGGUGAAAGGAGUCAACGGCCGUUUGACAACGGACAUGGCUGGGAUAUAAGGUUGGCUGUUCCCGGACAACCUGGAAACGACUAUCCGCUGUUAAAUUCGAUACCACGAACAACUUUUACUUGUUCCGGAAAAGAUCCAGGAUAUUACGUGGAUAUAGAAACAAAUUGUCAGGUUUUCCGAGUAUGCACAGUAGGUUCUACGUAUGGAUUUCAGUCGUUCCUAUGUCCGAACGGAACGUUAUUUAAUCAAGAGUUCUUCGUUUGUGAUUGGUGGAUGAACGUUAACUGUCAACAAUCGGCGGAACUUUUUAAUAACAGAAAUGAGAAAUUUACAAACUUAAAACUUGGACCCCAGUUUAUGACAGAUAUUAAAAAAAUGAUUACACACCCUAUUAGAAAUCCAUACAAUAAAACACAAGUAAAAAGUAACAUUCUUUAUAUGCAAGUUUAUAAGCCGCCACUUGGUCAGCUAUAUAAUGAGGCACUUCUAAGACACUUGGAAAGAAAUACUAACGACAUGUUUGUAAAAAAGAAACAAGUACAAAAAGCACAAUCUGAUCUCCCUACGACUGACAUCACCUUUGCAGCUUCAACUUCUACAUCACAAUAUGUUCCGAAUAACAUUUUUCAAAAUCAAAUAAAAAAUAGUCCGUAUUCGCAAUUUAAAGGCCUAACAUCUAACGCUCAUGGUGGACAAACUUCUCAAAUUAGAAAUCAAAAUACAUUGUAUUUUAACAGAAACAUAGAGACAAGUCGCCAGCCUAUUACAAGUAAUACAAACUCACAGCUAAAUACGUUUAACAACAAUUACAUUAAUAAAAAUAAACAGGUGACAUUUGGAGUCGAAUUUUCAAAACAACGAUUAAAUCAAAACUUCAAAAAAGAACAACAAACAUAUACUCCAAGACCUACACAAGCACGGUUUUCUAUGGAUACUGUUAGUCAAUUAGAUACAGAAACAAAACAAAAUCUGGUAAGUAAAGAUACACCCCCUGCUCUAAUAACUAAAACACUAGCGUUUCGUAAAAUAAUAAAAGACCCUAAAGAUGGUACUCCCAAAUCUCGAAUAACAUUUAAAACGUGGAUUGUCAGACCUUCUAAGGCAGCAAAACUAAUAGCUGAGACCACUCCUUAUAUCAAUGCUAAUACUAAUAAUGAAGUAGAUAAAAUCACAAACGUCGAAUUAGGCGUAAAAGGUAAUAAAGAACCUUAUAAAUAUGACUCUCCGAAAAUUCCAUAUGAUGAAACAAAAACAACACCAAAGACAGUUUCAGAUUAUAUAACAACGACUACACCCCUUUCAGUAUCACCAGUUUCAACAACAUUUUCACCCACAAAAGAAUCUCUUAUUUAUAUCGCACCUACAACUUUUAAUCCAAUACCAUAUUCAUACCUUCCACCCAAUGUAAAUACAGACAUUUUAUCACGUCAGUAUUUAUUGCCAAAUUUAGCCAAUGGUGAAUUAGUAGCAGCAGGUAGUUCACCUUCACCAUUCCUAAAAGUACCUGUAGAAAAAGACACUAACAGUCCAAAUUUUUUCAUAAGUAAACAAUCUAUUGUUAAUACUAACAACAAUAACUUAUCAUUCUCAGAUAUCUUAACAAGAGAACAAUUAGAUAUAUCAGUUAAUGAUAUAGUUAAAGAUACCAAUAGCAUAUUACAAACAGCUUCUCCUGAACAACUAACUCAGUUUGAUGAAAACGCUGAAACGGUAGAUUACCCUGUAGAUAAUUAUUUACCUCCAGACUCUAGCCAACAAAGCGAUGAAAGAUUAACUUUACAGCCCCCUUCACCUUUACCCCAAAAUUCACGACUUAUUGCCACUCCUUCAACUAAAUUAGAGCCCCCAGUGCAACAAUUGCCUAGUAUGCUUAAGAUUACAAACAAAUUUUCUCAUUUGCCAUACAUUAAAGAAUCUCCGCUACAAGCUAAUACAAUAGAAAGAAUGGUAUCAUUAAAAAUUACUAUACCCGAAAACCUAGCUAAGUAUUUAUUUAAAAAUCGUAACGAUAACGAUUCAACUAAUGUCGAAAUACUAAACACUGCAAGUAACAAUUACUUAGUGUUAACUAACAAACAAACUGAAGAUUCUGAUACUAAUAUUAUUCCUAUUGGCAAAUUGAUUAACAGUAAAACAACAAAUGUUUCUGAUUCACAGGAUUUGGUGUUCUCAUACUUGGCAGACUCAAUAAAUGCAGCACAACAAUACAACAAUAUAGCACAAAACAAUCUUUUGAUUCCCACUCCGACACAACAACAAUUCGAAAAUAUACGAAAUGAACAGUUACAACAGAUAGCACAAGAUAUAUCUGGACUAACAUCUUCUCAAUUUACUAGAUCCAAUUCAGGCCAUUAUCUCUCUUCCAAUAUCGUAAAGACACCCAAACCCGAAUUAAACUCACUGAGCCAAAUAAGGGAAAAUCAAAAUACUAUAAACAAUUUUACUGUUUCACAACAACAACAACAACAUCUCACACUUCAGAACAAUGCACCGCCAUCGCAAAACCUAAUUCACGCCAACAAUAUCUAUAGUGGACAACUAUAUCAACUUCCAGUGCCAGUAGUAACCAGACAAAUAUAUAAUUCACCUUUACCAUCCAUAUCGAAUUACAUAUUGUCUGGCAACUUAUUGCCUACUAACUCUUACAUUAAUACAAAACAAACAAACGAGAGAAAUUCAAAUGAAGUUGAAAUCAUACCAUCCCGGAGUAUUUCAAUAACUGACAUUCAGACCACAACCAGUCAGAAAAACUCCCCAACUGAACAAAAAAGUCCCGCUAAUUAUGUGACAAAUCAUUUUAGAAUUCCUACAAAUAGUAUAAGAGCACAAAUACAAGAUAAUAUUGUUGGAACAUUACCCCAUCCUUUAGAUGACAAUAAACUAAUAAGAUACAAAAAGGAUCAAUCUUAUGAUAUAUAUACUCACUUAAAUAAUAAUUAUCUCAACUCUUACGAUGAUUCAAAUGAUAAAACUCGAAAUACAAUAGAUUUCAAUCAAGGUAUCAGACAAAUAGAAAAUAAUAAGCUAUCUUUUCAAUUAGUUCCAUCUUUAGGAUAUAAACUAGAAGAUGAGAAAGCAAAACAGAAUAUUUUGAAUGUUUUCCACACAGAUGACUUUGGAAGCCCUAAAAAAAAUACUUUUUAUAUUUCACAAAAAACUUCGGAUAUCAAGAGACGCCAAGACGUUAGUACUGAUGUAGACUUUACAGUCAAUCAUCCAGCGUCUUCAAAUAAUAUCAACAAUGCUAGAAAUUUGCCUGCUUUGUAUGACGGACCGUCUUCAUACUUUGCCCCACAAGCUUCGGUUGGUAAUUUAGAACCUAAACAAAAUUAUCAAAGUGAUUCAAGACUUAAUGCCAACCUAGAAAAAUUUGAUGCUCUUGAUGACACUAUCGGCUAUCCAAAAAUUACUCCUAGCAAGAAAUUUUUAUUCUAG